GCCGCCCACCCCCUCCGUGUGCGCGCCGCAGAGCGAUGGCGCGUGGCGCGCGGCGAGUCGCGGUGGCGCCUCGUGCGCCGCCCCGGCCCGCCCCCGCGCCGCCAAGCGGCGCCGCCCCGCGCGCGCCAGUCAGCGCCGAGGCCCGCUGGCGGCCUACCUGCGCCACGCAGGCACGCGGCUGGCUCGUGGGCGGCCUGGCUGCCGCCGCAGCGGGCGCCGCGGGCGCGGGGGCCAUCCGCCGGCGGCGGCGGCCAAGCUCCCGCGGGGGCCGCGCGCCUCGGCUGGGCGCGCCGCCUUCGAGAGCGAGCUGGGCGCCCAGGAUCCGGGCCUCCCCAAAUGUCUGUCUACGCUCGAGGAUGGCCCUUGGCGGGAGUGA